AUGACCGACCGCGUUUGUUUACUUUCGCGGGGGAGUAACGGUACGGCGACCGAGUUGACCGUCCAGUCGGAGCGUGCUUUCCAGAAGCAGCCUCACAUCUUCUUGAACUCCAAGACCAAGACCAAGAGCGCCAGACCGGGCAAGGGAGGACGACGAUGGUACAAGGAUGUUGGUCUGGGUUUCCGUACCCCCAAGACUGCCAUUGAGGGCAGCUACAUCGACAAGAAGUGCCCCUUCACCGGCACCGUCUCCAUCCGUGGCCGUAUCCUGACCGGCACCGUCGUUUCCACCAAGAUGCACCGAACCCUCAUUAUCCGAAGAGAGUACCUCCACUUCAUCCCCAAGUACUCUCGUUACGAGAAGCGACACAAGAACCUCGCCGCCCACGUCUCUCCCGCUUUCCGUGUUGAGGAGGGUGACCAGGUUACCGUUGGCCAGUGCAGACCUCUCAGCAAGACUAUCCGCUUCAACGUUCUGCGUGUGCUGCCCCGAACUGGCAAGGCAGUCAAGAAGUUCUCCAAGUUCUAA